ACUGAUAAGCCGCUGGUAGUGUCGUUUCGUUCGGUUUAGCCGUUUAGGGUUUCUCGUGUCCAGCGUCUCAGCCUCUCUCUCUCUUCCCUUUCUCCUCUCACUCGCCUUUCCAACCCCGUCGCAGUGCCAGUCUGCCACCGCCCUUGCUUCGUUGGAAGGACCGAGAGAGGUUUCUGCUCUGCCGUCGCUGCUUCUUCUCCCCGCGCCGGAGGUUUGUCACCGCUCGCCGAAGCUCGUUUGUAUCGUUUCUGCUCUCUGAACUCUCGCCGUGAAUUCUGUCCUGCUUGAGUUUCUCCUCUCGUUGGAGCUCGUCGGCGUUGCUGAUUCUCGUCACCAUACUCGUUUCUAUGCUUCUUCUCGCUGAUUCUGCUCUGCUUUUACUUCUUGUUCUCGUCGCCGUCAGUUCAGAAUUCUGAGCAGCAGUGGUUUUGCUGGCAAUGGGAAAUUUGCUGUAGCUUCUAUUCCGCACUCUUGAUAGUAUAGUGAGAUGGAGGCUCAAAUUCAUCAAUUAGAGCAGGAAGCUUAUUCUGCUGUCUUACGUGCUUUCAAAGCACAAUCUGAUGCUCUUACUUGGGAGAAGGAAGGUUUGAUAACUGAGCUUAGGAAGGAGUUGAGGGUUUCUGACGAUGAACACAGAGAACUUCUUAAUAGGGUUAACGCUGAUGAAAUUAUCCACCGGAUACGUGAAUGGAGACAAACUGGACUUUACCAACCUGCAAGGCGCAGCACAUCUCAACCUAUUCAUGACGUUUUACCCAGUCCAAGUAUUUCUGCUCCCAAAAAGCUAAAGACAUCCCAUUCGGGUGGUCAAUCGUUGCCUACUCCGUCUUUGGGGAGGCCUGGGCCUUAUCCUUCUGCUGGAGCCACUGGGGCUAGGCAUUUCAUGAGCCGCAGCUCUUCGAAUGCUCUUGCAUCUAAUGUACCUUCCGAGGCCGCAGGUUUUGAUCCAUUGAUCGGGAAGAAAGUUUGGACUAGAUGGCCUGAAGACAACCACUUCUAUGAGGCUGUUAUAACUGAUUACAGUCAUACCGAUGGUCGGCAUGCUCUGGUUUAUGAUAUUCGUACGGCAAAUGAGACUUGGGAAUGGGUUGAUCUCAAAGAGAUCUCUCCUGAGGAUAUACGAUGGGAUGGUGAAGAUCCUGGUAUACACCGUAGAAUUGGAAGUAGUGGGCAAGGUCGUGGAGUUAAAAAGUUCUUUAGUCGUGGUGGUGAUUCUUUAGGCGCAGGAAGAGGGAGAGGACCUAAGCAGCUCAGAAAAGAAUUUCUCCCGCGACAAAAUGGUGUUGGAAAGAGAGUUUUGGAUGACAUUGAGUUGCUGAAUACAGAAUCACUAGUUAAAGAGGUUGAAAGGGUUUUCGCUGCAAGUCCUCCUGAUUCAGUGGAGCUUGAGAAGGCAAAGAAAAUGCUGAAAGAGCAUGAGCAGGCACUCGUGGACGCAAUUUCAAGGAUUGCAGAUGCAUCUGAAGGCCAAAGUGAGGGAGAACCGUACAUACAUGGACAAAUUGAAUCAAUGGACAGAGGUUGAAGACAGCACAGAAACUGGUUGCAUGUUGGAGCAAAAGUCUUUUGAACAUAAAUCUUUUUCUCGCAUGAAGUCUUGUGGCAAAAGUCAAAUUGUAUGCACUUGUAGGACUUUAGAUGGAUCGAGUAACCAAGAUGAUGAUGCUGAUGCACUUUGUCUAUCAUGUAUUUAUUUUAACCUUUCCCUGACACUUGUCACUGAAAGGUGCUUGUAUGUGCCAGUUUUGUCCUCAGUG